AUGUCUAACCCUCAAGAUAACCCUGGGACUCCUCCACCACCAUCCCCUUCUGGUUCCUCCACGCCUCCUCCACCCAGUACAAACCCCCAGCCUAAGAAAAGAUGUGUUAAAAUGCUAGCACGAAAAAUUGUAGCCUCAGGACCUGGGUCGUCUGACUCUGAGAAGACUCAAAACCCCCCUUCUAAGGUAAGUUCUGCUUUGGCUGAAAAUUUAGAAAAUAGGUUUGUUUUGGUUAGACCUAUUAGGGAUUUGGAAAUGCCUGAAUUGGGAAGGAGUGGAGCUAUCUGUGGGUUUGCACAUGCAACUGUGGAAGAAAGUGGCAAGAAGUCAAGGGGAAGUGGUUCAGGGGAGGCUGCUGAAGGGUUGGUUAAUCUAAGUGCACAGGCAGAUGAACCUGGUUCAUCUAUUGAGGAGACCCUACCAGACCUUAUAAAGAAAGUAGGUGCCAGUUAUAAUCCAAUGAAAAGGAGAACUCCAACACCAAAAGCCCCUAGUGCUGCUAAACCUUCCAAGAAACGAAAGGCUUCCUCCCCAACAACUACUGAAAUUCCCUUUCCAAAGGAAAGAGCCACAAAAAGUAGGGUGAAACAGAGUGAGAGUGACCUACAAAAAGCUUUGGCUGAAAGUAAGAAGAAGAGGAUGGAUAAAGGAAAAGGUAAGGUUGCAGAGUCCUCUGAAGCUGUUGAUGUUGAGGAGGUGGAACAGGUCCAUCAGGAGGACCAUACAACAAAGGAGGUAUAG